AUGAAUCUAUCCGCGAUUCACACUGGGUCCCCGGGCCACGUUAUCCCCUCCACGGAGCGCUUCGGUGCUGUCGACAACCUGGCCCUCUACGCGACGCCUCCUGCUUCGCCAGGGACUUUUCCCAUUUCGGCAUUCGACCCGGCGGUGAAGCAGUCCAAGAGAAGCUGGAUUGGUGGCAUGGAAGGUGACGAACAGCGAAGAAGGCAAUAUGAGCAGCAAAACUAUCCCCGCGGAUAUGUCCCGGAAUAUGGAGGGCAUGGAGUCAAUGUGCCAAAUGUCCAGAAUCUAAGAGGCGCGCCAGGUGGAGAUGGCUCUGAUCGUUCCAGACAAGCGCAACCCUUAACGACUCGGCCUUCCACAUCUGCCCCUUUGUCUGCAGGUGCAGGGAGCUCACACGAGCUGGGAAGCUACGACUAUCCGCCAGGCCAGCAGUACUCAACGCCGCAAAUGCACGGUCCGCAAUUCCAGUACCAACUCGAGUACUUGCAAGACCCCCAGAGGCAACGACAGUUCCCCCAAUACACGUCGCAGAUGAUGUACCACGUACCGCAACAAGCUCAACCGCAAUCUCCGUAUGACACUGUGAGCCAGUACCAAUCCCGGCAGUCAGCAGCGCAAGUCUUGGGCAGCCAGUUUGGGGCUCCCCAAUACUACAGUCCAGGCCACGGUACCAACGUGACGGGACCCGCUGCAAUGCCUCAACAGUACCCCACAGCAGCAUAUCCCCCAUCCAUGCAGUAUACCUCCGCAGCUCCUCUCGGGCGUUCGACCCUUGCCUCGUCCUAUCCUACUGUGGGACCCGACGUGAAUCCUAACGUUGAAACGGCAGCUUCCGAGCAGCCUGAAGAAGAGUUAGAUACUUUUGCUGCUGCCUACGAUCGGUAUCAGAGAAAUAUCGGGGUAAUAAACGACCAAACCUCGAAAGGACAUCUCAUCAAAGCUGGGGAGUCACUACUGGAGAUUUCUCAUUGGUUGUCAGAGAACGUGGAUGCUCUCAAACUUACACAAGAUGAUCAGAAAAAGCACGCAGAGCGCAUUGAAUUCUGGGACAGCUUCAACGUAUGCUGGCUUGCAAUGCUACAACGUCAGAAAGACGAUACACAACAAAUGUUAGACACAGGGCGACCUCCAGCGCAGCCUCAAAGCUUGCUGCCGAAGGAAUUUCUUGAAGAGAUGGGAAACGAGGUCGUUUCACUUUGCGAUGGCCUAGAAAAGCAUGGGCUCGUUGAUUAUCAGAUGGGAGUCGCCGAGCAAGAGAUUAUCGAAAUUCUAACCCAAUGCAUUGAUCUUAUUAGCAGUGACGACGAGAACGACGAAGAAGCGGAAAUAGACCCAAUGCUCGGCCAAUCUGGGCCCGGUGCUGGCAAACAAUAA